AUGCCUACACCGAGGCCCUACAUCCACGGUGAAUGGGGCCCCGGGAAACCGGGCCUUCCGUCCCCCGCAUCUCCCAGCGAUCAGGGCCCUCCCUUCUGUCGGCCCUUGGUGUCCCGUUGCUCCCCCCACCAGCCCCUCUACCCCCGGGCGGCCCCCUCCGGGCGUCCUGGGCAGGGGCGACCCCUCCGGCGGUCCUGGGAAGGCAGCGACUCUCCCCCGCGCCCUGGGCAGGCAACGACCCCACCCCCCGGCGAUCCUGGGCAAGCGACACUCACCCCGGCGCGCCCCGGGCAGGCAGCGACCCCCCGGGCGCGUCCGGGGGCAGGCGACGCCUAUCCGGGGUCCUGGGCAGGCGACGACUCCCCGAUUGCCAACAGAUGGCCUCUCGGCUGGUCCUCCAGGCCAGCCCCCAGACCAGGAAGGCCCAAAAAAAACCCUCAGACGCCCCCACUGACCAAACCAGGAAGAAACCACCCUGAACCAGCCGAAAAAAGUGGUGCCCCACGAGAAAACCCCCAAAAGCUGAAAGGGCGGACCGAAACUCCGGGGGGCCGGGGGCCCGAUCUGAUGGAGAGUCGGGACCCCCAAGGCGUUUCUCUCAUUUUUAAGGCCCCUUUGUCAAACCCGAAGGGGUGCCAUCCUCCCCCACAUAGUGUGAAACAAGGAGCAUUGAAAAUCGUCAAAGUUCCAGGAGCCUUAACAGGGGAACCCUUUUGGGUUCUCCGGGGAUCACGUUUACGCGCUGCCCCGUACCGAUGGGAAAAGAGCUUAGACAUCAGCCAGGGGAGGCUUCUGCAGCACACGAAUGAAAUGAUCAUAAAGGGGGGGAAAUUCAAAGCAACCACCCCAUCCGGCUCCCUUUCAGGGGCCCCGGAUUUUGGCUGGCCCUCAAUAGCCCAAAGCUUGAGACAUUCCCCCAAUCGCUCUCCUCAGGAGCCCCAAAGCAUGUCAGAGGAGGGAUCCUAA